GGUAUUUUGACCUGGGCUGCUUUUCCCUUCGACAGGAGCUCAAAUCCCUGACGAUGAGAUCCGAAUGGCUGAAGAGAAGUUUGCAGAGUCGCUGCACUUGGCUCAGAUGAGCAUGCACAAUCUUCUGGAAAAUGACGUGGAGCAGAUCAGUCAGCUGGCGACAUUCACCGAGUCUCUGCAGGACUACCACCGUCAGUGCAGCGAAAUUCUGGCCACGCUGCACGAGACACUGCAGGAGAAACGUACCGAGGCCGCCUCGCGCACCCGGCCGGCGUUCCAGCCGAAAACGCUGUCCGACCUGGGCAUCAUGAGCAACGCCACCUACCAUCCGGACGGCUCCAACGGAGGCCUGGGCGCCUCUCUGUCCGGCACUUCCGCGUACACUCCGCAGCAGUCGCCGCUGCCGACACCGGACUCUGUCAAACAGCCGCAGUUCCCUGCCUCGCCGGCCGCGUCGCCUCUGCCGUCUCCGAUGCGUUCUCCAGGCAGGACGCCCAGCCGCCCGGCUCCCAGUGCCCAGGCCCUGUACGACUUCCAGCCCGAGAACCCGGGAGAGCUCGGAUUCAAGGAGGGUAACAUCAUCGCGCUGACGCAGCAGAUCGAUGACAACUGGCUGGAGGGCCAGCUGGACGGUCAUACCGGCUACUUUCCGAUCACCUACGUCAAGGUUCUGGUGCCACUGGCCCGCUAGACCGCAACGCCGACCGCCGGCUAGGUGGCAGCACCGUCGCACUGUGACGCCGCAACAGGCGGCCCCGGCCUGGCACUACUGAUCCGGUGAAGAUGAUGAGCUCUGCUUCGUGAGACGUCUUUCGUGUUAUGUGUUUAUUAGACUGGGUUGGAAAUUGUGUGAAAGGUUUGCUUACUUUGAGGUGGGAUGUGUUGACUCUGGUGCAAAAGCAAAAUGGAAGAGUACGGUCUGAUGCCUACCUAGCUCGAGUCGUGAAGUCUGGUUGUGAGUUGUUUGAGCGAUGCAGAAGUUCAGUUAGAGAGAGUUGCAAUGCUUUGAAAUGCUCAUUUGCCAUCUCAGCUAGCGCAUUCAUUAUCCUUUUUGCCAGCUCCGUUAUCUGAUGAGUUCGUUGCUACGUUUGAAGGAGUGCGCGCGGGCGUGUUUAUGCGUGCCGAGUGUUAUUUACUCUGUUCGAUUUUCAGGGCUCUUUUGGCCCACCUACCAGCUUCGAUCUAUGUCAUUACCUAUUGAUGUCUUACUGUUGCUUCCCCCUGGUGCAUGCCGCCCUAUAUCCUCUCGAUGUCGCCAGUCACGCUCGGCCGCAUACUGUGGCCCCUCCCCGCGGUCCCGCUUCUGUCCGCAUACUCCGGGGUCUUUGUUGCUCUACCGCCACUGAAUGUAACCGCGUGCCUCUUGUCCUUUCUCUCCCCUGUCUUCGUCUUUCCUGUUCAUCUGUGACGCUUUGGUACCUAUUAGCCAAUGUCCCGCAUACGAGCGACAAUAUCCAACCAUUUCUCCUAGUCUGUGUAAAUGUCUGCGCGCGACUGGGCAAGCCGGGGCUCCUCCUUACUAAACUGACCUUCCGCACACCAUUCCUCCCUCCCGUGCACCAUUCCGACCUCUCCUGGCCACCAUUUCGACCUCCCUGUCGGCCAUUCCGGCCGGUCCGCCGCCGUCGCCCCCGGCUGGACACACCAAGACUCGUCGAUUUGCGCUGCCCUGCGUCCGCGCCGGCGGCAGUGUAGUGCCGGCCGCAGAGCCGCCCGGCCUCCGGGCGGCGCCCAGCGGGGCCCGUUUGGCAAUACAGUCGUUGGCAGACGAA